CAACAUCCCACCGCAAAAUCGCUAGUGUUUGGAGGUGAUUUUAACCUCCAAAUUGCCAAAUAACCUCCAAAUCAUCACCUCCAAGUUAGUUCUAAUAACCUCCGUUAUAUGAAAUAUGGUGGCGCGUCGAUCGUCGCAAGUUUAUCGUUAAACAGUCAAUAGAAUCUCGAAUUUAAUGGAUCGAUAAAAACCUGGGAAAUCCAAUGUAUUUUUGUGAGUGUAGGAUUUAAUGUUGUAGAACCAAUCACAAUGUUCAAGUUCCUGUCGAAGGUGGUCGGAAUAUGCGGCUACGUUGUGCAGUACGGAUGCAUCACCCAUUGUACGUUUGAGUACUUAGGUGACUUCGUUGUGUGUGUUGGUCCAUCGAUGGAACCGACGUUGUAUACGAACAACAUUCUGAUCACGGAUCGGGUCAGCCCUCGGCUAAACCAUCUGCAGCGGGGCGAUAUCAUAAUCACCAAAAGUCCAACCAAUCCGGUGCAGCAUGUUUGCAAGCGGAUUGUGGGAAUGCCGGGCGAUCGAAUUAUGACCAAAGCAUCGUUCAAUUUGAACCCACUGUCAAACACCUACACCAUUUACACCUCAGUCGUUUCGACCACGCCAAAUGAACCCACCAAGAGCGCAGGGGUGGAACAGAAAUUGCGCCAAAAAGCGGACUUCGUGUCCGGUUCAGUGGAUACCGGGGUGCUGGCCACCAGUCAACCGUUACAACCGGACUUGCUGCGGGUCGUGGAUGUGGAGCAACAUCCACCACAUCCGGAAAUUAGAACCAGUAUUGUAACGGUGCCGAGGGGCCACCUAUGGAUCGAGGGCGACAAUGUGCAAAACAGUUCCGAUUCCCGCAACUACGGACCGGUUCCGAUAGGGUUGGUCAAAAGUAGAGCGAUCUGUCGAGUGUGGCCACUGACGGAGUUCAAGGUGUUUGUUUAGGUUCUAUUAGAUGUUAUUAGGUCAAAAUAAAUUAUUACAGCAUGCAUGGAUGAA